ACCGCUGGGCUGUACUGUACUGUUUGCUCUGCCAAGCCACGAGAACCCAACAAUGCGGAAAAGGUUGUGCGAGUGUUGAACUCGUGGCAGUGGUGUUUUAGUUCAGGCUGGCUUAUCGAGAUUCAGGUGGGACUAGACUUGUGUCGGGUUUGGGCUGGGGAUCACGUCCCCGCAAAUGGUCUAGAACUUCAAGCCACGAUAUGCGAAAGUGAUGCUUUGAGCUACUGCUUUCUCGGCAUUCGUGUGAGGUAUUUGAUCCAUGUUAUCGUGAAACAACACAAGCUGAGUGUUACUUCGGCAAAUCCCGUUCUCAGCGAGGCCUCGACACUCUCCACAAGACGACAGAGUUCAGCCUUGCAUUCGCCAGCUGCAAGCCCGCUCACCCCAUUUGACCCAAUCCCCUGGCCCUCUGCCGAUUCUUCCCCCCUGCUCCCUGUUCCACCAUCAAUUUUGCGCUUUGUCGUUAUUGUUGUCUUUCAGCUCAGCAUGCAUGACACCAUGGCGCCGUCCUCAUUAACAGAGCCAGACGCAGCGGCAGAGUCCUCCACUCGCGACCGCUUCUACUCCAUCCUCCGAAAACCAGCAUCGAACAUUGCCCUCCGAAUCUCAGACCUUGAUCGAUACCGCCUCAACAUGUGGGAAGUCAGUUGGGCUGCUCCCAAGGAGUCGCGAAAGGAACACCGUGAGAACAAAGCGACCACCAGCAAAUCUGCGACAAAGGCGCGAUCGAUCUUUAGUCGCGGGUCCAACUCUUCGAGCGAGGCGCCGUCGUUAGGGAGCUUUUAUAAUAAACGAAAGAAUGCGGAGAGGGGGGAUGACUCUGUGUCGUCAACGUCUUCGAAAGCGAGCGCUGGAGCGGGGAAUUAUGAACUAGAGGCAGAUGAGGCUUCGACGUUUUCGACGGGGAGUGAGCAGACGACGAUUAAUAUGGCGAGGGUUGUUGAUCUCAGCGCAAGGCGAAAUGUGCAGAUUCUGGAGCGCUCUCAAGGUUUGCGACAACGCGCAGUGGUUGUUUCGCCUCAUGCUAAUGUUUUGGUAGAAGCAUACGUUGAGGAUAAUACGCUUCUUGAUCCGCCUUCACCAACGCUCACAUCGUCGACUGCGCCGUGGGAUACAGAAACCCUUGAGCGUGUCAUCAUCCGGCCUUGGCCUCUCAUUCAAACUUUGAGCGAUGAUUCUUUUGUUGCGCGAAGUACAGAAGCGACAACAUCUCCACGUACAUCCUCCGACACGCCGUAUCUCAUCAAUUGCGGUGUUACUAUAAUGGCGACACCAAGUAUCAAGUCUAAGCAUCGCGCUCGUUCACCAAGUACUCAGUCAGUCUCAAUCUUCAUUCACAACGUCAGUCCGCUUACCUCAUUUAGAUCUCAGCCUCAGCGUCCGCAGAGCAGUCGAUCACCAACUAAAGCCAAGACUCCACGACGCAUGCCAUCAUCCACAGCUUCACUACGAGUUGAAAGCAGCGAUAGUUGGCGCCCUCCCAGUGAGUGGGCAUGCACACCCACAGAGCCGUCAUUUCAAUUCCCAGAUGAACCUGUCCCUGAGCCAGAAGCUACCAUCCCGCAGGAACUUAACGCGAUGCAGUUGGGUGUCAAGCAACUUGCCAAAGAGGACAAUAUGGUGAGACUUGUGCGUCUCGCUGAGUCGCAGGGCGCCAAGAAUCCACCAAGUUUAUGUCAGGAUCUGGAGGUUGAGAAGAUGCAGUGGAUGCUCUCCGCUAUGUUCAACAUGGACGGACCAGAGUAUUCUGAGAUUAAUGAUGAUCAUCUCGAUGAUGAGUCGACGGAUCCGCCGAAGAGGAUCCUUGCUCUUUAUGAAACGCCCGCUGUGACUUCGUAUCUCGCUGCCGUGAAUCACAGCAAACAAGUCUACCAUCUCUCAGCAGCACCAUUAUCACCCGCCUCCUUCCCAAACAUCCAUCCUGUUCUCACACCAGUUAGAUCACCUUCCGCAUUCCCCGUCGCUCCAUCUACCAUUGAAGCCGUUCACUCACUACGUCUUCCUCUCGCUAUGCCAUCACAAGACAUCCCCGCUCUUUUACGAAACAUUCAUAGAUGUCUUGAGCCGGGUGGCUCACUACAACUCACCAUCAUUGAUCCACUUCCCGUCACUAGCACUCUCGGGCCUCUCUUACGGGCCUGGAUCGAAGAUCAUCUUCUCUUCAAUCUGGAAGCUAGUUUUCGUUGCACAAACCCAAGCAAGUUACUCCCUCUCUGGCUGAAUGGUGCCUCACUGCGUGUUGAUCCCGAUUGUAUCGAGACGACAUCCUUCUUCGCCAUUCCUCUUAACAAUAGUCAGCUUCAGUAUGUGAGAGAAGGCCACAUAUCUGAAGAAGGGUUGAGACAAGAACUUCGUAAUCUUGUGGGCCGUAUGCUCUGGAUGGAAGUGUGGAGAGAAUACAUCGUCGCUGAACGUUGGUGGUGGGAAGAUCCUGAGAUUCUUCAAGAGUGCAUCCAGCAUCAGACGACAUGGGAAUGGAAGCUGAUUGAGGCAGUCAAGGAAACCUAA